UCCCACUCCACAAAUUUAACAAAGAGCUACAAAAUGUUAACUUGAUCUAUAAAUAGACUCCUCCCCCCAUUUCCAAAAAAUCACAACAUAACUUCAGGCACUUGUAACAAGAAAAUCAUUUCUUCUUAUCUAAAUUUCGGUGGAAGAAACAUGGCAACAAUCAUUCUUCCAAGGUCCAUCGUGAUCAAAUCCAAAACAUACAGUGAGAAAGGCAAUGCUUACUUCAAGGCUGACGGCGCUUCUGUACUUAUCGGAGAAGAGGACAUAUUCAGCACGCUCGUCAAGAUUGAAUCCGAGAUGGCAACAAUCAACGAGAAGUAUGUUAACCUACGAUUCGGUUAUUUCAACAGGUACUGGCAGCAGCAGAGUGGAGACAGCAACUUCAUCGUUGCUGAAUCCGACCAGCCACAGGAGGACGUCACACAGCCCUCCUGCACCUUGUUCGAGCCCGUCAAGGUUGAUGAUAACGGCGCCUUCUACCUUAGGCACGUCCAGAGCGGAGGGCGUGUGUUGGUAGAUAGCCUGACCAUGGGCUUCUACGUCGAUGAAAAGGGCGGUGAUGAUGAGAAAGCUUAUCUAACUUUUGUGGAUUGGUCCACAUUAGUUAAACUGCCUCCCAAUGUAUCAUUAAAAGGGGAUAACGGAAAGUAUCUGAGAACGAAUGAGACAGUUCUGGAGUUCGAAUCUGAAGAUCGUAACAAACAAGAUUCGAGCUUCAUAGUGGAAGUGCAGCCGGAUGGACAUGUGGAAAUAGGGCAGGGGCAGGCUUUAUCGACUAGAUCUUACUGGAAUGUGAGCAGGUUCCCUACUCAUUUUGGAUUGAUCACCGUUAAUCCUCAAAGCGUGGCGCUUCCUGAAAGGUAUAUGUUCUGGCCGAUUAAAAUCGAUGAAACUUCAAUCGCCUUCCGCAGUGUGUUCUACCCACACUUCUGCUGCCGUCGUGUGAGAAAUAUUAUUUCAGGUGAGUUGGAUAAUUCUCUAAGCGCAUCAGCUGACAGUAUCACGAAAGAAGCAAUAAUGGAAGUGCAGGAAUCGUUGCUGUCAAGAAAGAUCUACAACGUGAGGUACCAGAUGGAGUAUGCUCGGAUUUUCAACGAGGUGCCUUUUGUGGCAGGCACGACCUCGCUUAGUAACCCGAACGAGGGAGUGGCUACUGUCCAGGCCUCAAUUACUUAUACAGAUGAGAAAUCCUACUCUUUUAGCAGAAGCUUGUCACUGACCGGGGGAGUCAGCAGCAGCAUUGAAGCUGGUGUGCCCUUCAUUACAAGCGCUUCAAUCACAGUGAGUUAUGAGAUAAAUGGGACGUUCGAGUGGGGUGAAACCACAACAACUUCAACGUCGGUUACAGCCACCGGGACAGUUCCUGUGCCUGGGAAGAGUACGGUUAUUGUUGAUUAUGUUGGAACAAGAGGCACCUGCAAUAUUCCUUACUCUUACACUCAGCAAGACACCAGUUCCGUUGAUGGCAAAAUUGUUAAUACGAUUCUUUAUGAUGGUAUCUACAGUGGCGUCAGUUAUUACAACUUCAGCUUCUCUAUCAGAGAGAUUAAGUCACUCUGAUCAUCCAUAACCUUUGUUGCUCUUGUUGUCGCUUUUGUUUGUGUGCUUUGUUUCGUUUACUUUUUUCAACUUUGGGUUGCCUUUUGUUGUUGGUGUUCUAAUAAUUCCAGAUACAUUUAUGUGUUUGAUGAUGUACAUUGUGUUUGAUUUGAAUUAUGAUGUUUCAAUUAA